GUUGUAUAGGCUGUUGUCUCUCCAGCACAGACACGCAACUUGUUGCAAGACUUAUUUGCUGAUAUAGCUCUCGAAGUUGACGAACGAGCCAAAGAUGUGAUCCUUAGCAAAGAAGAAAAUGUGAUUAUCUCUGAUGAAGCAGAUGCUGAUGGUCCGCUAUGUUUUUUCGACGUCCUUGCUGAUUAUUAUGUGAAAGUGUCUGAGAGGGGAAAAGAUAUACUUGAUUUGAUGGUGCAGCUCUGGAGCCAGUCCUUUGCAUCACAUAUAUUCUCUCUGCUGUUUCAUAAAUGGCUGUUUGAAGUUGAGCUUGAAAAUCAAGAAAUACUUCUACGAUAUUCUUCGGCUCUGGUGCAGGGAGCAACAAAUGUGUUCUGGAUAGACAUCCAGACAAAUACGAGGCGCUUCCAAAGUCUCUUUCGGUAUCUUCUCGAGGAAGUUGCACUGGAGCCGAUCCGAUUGAAAAAAAUUCCCAUUCAGGCUCAGAGGGAGCUGUAUCUCUUGCUCUCAAGGUUCAUUUUCUUUUACAAUUCAGUGGAUAAACUCGAUAGCUUCUUGAGGAACUUUCCAGAGUUUUCAAAUGCUUUCUUGAUAGGAGGACCCGGAGAUUUUCUUGUUAUCGAACUUACUGAUCAGCUGCAAAAACUGAAGGUGGAACCGGUGCUGCUACAUUAUCUUUCUCAGAUGAAGAUUCUUCAAGGUAUGGAACUGAGAAUGACCACCAGCACGAGGUUAAAGGCAUGUUUAUAUAGUUUUACAUCUCCUGGAGGUCCAAUGUACCCGACAAGAGCUGUCCGUCAUGCAGCCUGGGAUUCUUUGGAUUCCCUCUUUCCUGUCGGGCGUUACCCGAGGCAUCUCAUUAGUCUAUUUUUCAGGCUGCUAUAUCCGUGGUACUGGCCAUCCUCAUGUUGGAAUUUUGUGGUUUCUUGCAUUAAGGCGGUACUAUAUUCUAUCGUAAGGCUCAUCUUUUCACGGCGAGAAAAACCAAGGCAGAGCUGAAUAGCUUUUACUUUUGAUGAAGCUAACAGCAGGAAUCCAAUCCUUGUGUAUAUAAUGUGGUUUUGGUCACAGAACCUUAGCUUCACCUGUAUUGCUUUUCUUUGGAGAAGAUAAAAAUCCGUUUUGUGAAACAGUGAAAGAUCCCAUGGAAUAGCUUUUGACGUAUUUUGUUGUCAUUGUUAUUUUGCUAUAGAGGAUGAUGUAUUGUGAUCAGAAGCACUUUUUAUGUAGAAGAACCGAAAUGUCAUUCCUUUCCUUUUGUUUUCAGCUGUAUUGGAUGUAUAAGAACCCAUUAAACAAUUUUCAUUAUCCA